UUGUGCCAUCCAGGCGCCCCCAGUUGUUAUUUAUUUAUUUAUUUUUAUUUAUGAAUGAGAGACACAGAGAGAAGGGCAUUUUCAGAUGUAUUUUCAUCCUCUACAAUUAGUUAAUCCCCAUUCCCCACGUAGUUCCCAGCAACCCGCCACCUGCUGUCUCAAUAACCCUUCUCUGAACACUAAAUGCGAACACUCCUACAGCAUGGACUCCUUGGUGUCUGGCUUCGUUCACCUCGCAGAAUGUUUCUGAGGCUCAUGCACGAUGCACUGUAUGUCAGUUCAUUUCCUUUUUAUGGCGGAGUAGUGUUCCGCCACGUAGAUAUUCACAUUUUGUCUCUCCAUUUACCAACUCACCGGACACCUUAGUUUCCUGUUGUUUUCUAACAUUCCGUACACUUGUUUCCCCCAAUAGAGAGCUAAUCCCGUGAGGCUGGGAUGUUUGCUGGUUUAAUUAAAUUAACCUUUGUAUCCGCAGCACCUGAACCGUCCUGGGCACCUAGUAGGUAGUCAACAAACAUAAGCUGAAGGAAUGGACCAUAAAGAUAACAUUUUAUUGUCUUUAAGGGCUAAGCUGGUCAUCAAGCAGGGGAAAGAGGUGAAAGCGAUAGGCCGUGUGGAGCCAGCACCCAGGGGAGGCCUCUCCCAGGAAUGCACUUUGGACCAGAGACCGGAGUACACAUGGUCGUCAUCAUCAUCCCCAGGCGUCAGCCAUGAAUGACUCCUGCCUGGACGGCAGCCCAGCUGCUGGUGGCAGAGCUGUGUCGCAGAGGGACUCGCGAAGGACACUUAGCCUCACAGCAAUGGGAGCAAGUGGCUCGCCCCCCACCGCCCCCCUCGGCCUGCCUGGCCCAGGCCAGCAUGGGGAGGGCAGGCGGGGCUCACAGCUACCCCUGCGGCUGACCACCCUCCAGGGAGAGCCCCAGGGGCCAGAGCCCUGGACCUGAGUCUGGCUGUGGAUCCCAGUUCUAGGCAUUCACACUAUAUUUGCCCUCCACUGUCUUACUUACUUGGUCCCUCAGUUUUCUCAUCUGUAAAAUAGGGGUAGUAAUGAUACCUACCUUCUGAUUAAAAAACCCCAAACCUUAUCUUGCCAGGCAUGGUUCUAGAAAAUUAAUUCAUUACAACAACCCCAUAUGGUACCUGCUGUAUACAGAUGAAGAAACGGAGGCACGGAGAGGCUAAGUCUUUCCUGAGCUCACCUCACUACUAAGUGACACGGUCCUCAAAUUCAGGAGGACCAGCUCCUGCUCUUUGCCCCUUCAGAGGUUGUGAAAGUGAGUUACUGUGCGUGCAGCCCUUGAACAGUGCCUGGCCCGCAGUGAGUACAGUGUCAGCAUGAUGACGGGACGGGGCACGGGGCACAGGGCGGGACCCUCCCUCUCAUUUCUUCCAAAGCAGGCAUCAGAGCCUCUUGGGGGAAGCAGGGGACAGCUGCAGCCCCUCUCCCAGAAGUCUACAGCUGCCCACACAGUCCCCCCUCCCUCGCCAAGGCUCGGGGGGGGGUGGAAACUUAGCCCUUAACUGUCCACCCCCCCACCCCCGUUUCCCAGAGAAGUUGGGUGGUGCUGGGGAGGGGCUGUGAGUCAGGCUCAGGAAUCUGAACAAGGUGGGGUGGGGCUCCCCAGAAGUCCCUGGGCGGGCAGUUCCCACUGCUCCUCCCCACGGCCUGCCCCCUGCCCUCGGGCACUACCCAGGCCCCCGGCGGCCUCCCCACAGACCUCGUCUCACCACCAUGGAGUUCGACCUGACCGCAGCCCUGGACUCCAAGAAGCCCCACGGGACAGGCCAGGUGGGAGACCACAAACACAGCGCCCCCAAAGCUCAGGGCGCGUCGGCGGAUAAACCGAGGGGCCACGGCCACCGCAGCUCGGACUCCAGCAGCAGCAGCGGCAGCUCCAGCGACUCCGACCAUGACGGGAAGCCUCGCGCCGCCGCCCCGGGGCCGCACGGAAGCUCGCCGGGCAAGGCCGAGAAGCCCAAGGUGAAGAAGAAGAAGGAGAAGAAGGAGAAGAAGGAGAAGAAGGGGAAGGCGAAGAAGGAGGCUCCCCACUGACGGGCCUGGGCGGGUCUCAAUAAACCUCUCCUCGCUCGCC